GGGGAAUUACGCACGGAUCACGUUUAUUCUCUUACUUCUACUAGCUGCGUUUAGGUAUUCAUGUCCAAGGCAAGGCGGAGACCCGAGGAAAUUUUUGAAUCAUCAUCAAACCGCUGAUGAAUAGCAAUUUUGAGACGAAAUUCAUCGUUAUUAUUGUUCUAAUGCUCUGUGCAAGCUUAAACUUCGUCAUGAUAAUGCCACGCUAAUUCUCUAUCUCUGGACAUAGUUUUUAUCUCAUCCGAUGUUCAUUUCAGCGAGAUCCGCGUCUUCUUUCUUUCCUUACACCCCUGGACAGCUAUGACGGCUACCGCGUCGCCCGAGUCUGCGCCUUCACACAACACCACAAAUCCCACAAACCUAAACAGUGCAAAUAACGAAAUAUCCGAACCAAUUCCCGAAAACUCUGCCGCCCCGUCAGAUAAUCCACAUAACCUCGAUAUAAAAUCAGAAAAAUCUACCACCGACCAAUUGUCUUCAACAAAGGCCGAGACAAAUGGCACCAGUACAGAUCAAGCCGUUGACGAAACCCCCGUAAAAAAUGAUGAUAUUGACGAGAGACCUUCUAAGCGUCGCCGAAUACGUGACACAACACCCCAUAGCGCACCUCGUCGACCUAAGCCCGAAUCUCCUCCGUGGAAGAAGAUAGAGGCUGAUGGGCCCACCACUUUCACCGAAAAUGGCAAACGCAGGUCUGGACGCACAAACCCGGUGCCCUUGGAGUUGCAGCCACCGAGUAACAAGAGGAUGACCCGAGGGGCUCUCCACAACCAUCAACCUUCUACGCCGGCCAAGGACAAGCGCCCGGUAACUAGCAACCAAGUGAGCGGUUCUCAUAAGCACGCUCCAGCGGCCAAGAAUACUUCGUCUAAAGCUUCUACGCCUAGUGCCAAGCCGAACACCAGAAAAUCUCUGACCAAUGGCUCCAAACCUUCGGCCAAAGCUCGAAGGCGCUCCCCGUCUCCCCCGCCUCAUACGACACCGCCGAGACGAUCUACUCGUACACGACGUAACUCGAGGACUCAUCGAGAUGUUAUCGAUACUCCUGAUGGCAGCUCAAAUCAGCCCGCCGAUGAAAGUCCAAACUUGCGCCCAACAAAGAUUCGGCUACGGUUGAAAGGGCCUAGCAUUCCCACUGUUCACCCAGCUCAAGUCAAUGUUUUCCCAGGUCAAACUGUAGCGCGUCCCAAAAUAGCGACCGAUUUUCGCGAAUUUGUAGACCGGGCGCCAACCGUAGAUGUCAAAGACGGUGGCUGGUUCGACCUUGCCGACGAAGGAGACCCAUAUACGCAGGAGGCGGCUGAAAGAGAUGCCAAUGCUAUUAUUCGUAUUGAGGCCGAAACAGAGCCUGGUGGACUGCUUAGCGAAGAACGUUCUUCGCUAUUUGUCCCGGAGCCUGUCGAAGAACCUCCACGACAGUGGGCGCAUAUGGAUCAUCUUGUCAAGCAGAUGGCUAAUUUUCGGAAGCUGAUGUUGAUGGAGCAGCAAAGACAUAAAGCUACGGCAAAGCGAUUAGCUGAAGCCUGUCGGGACGAGUGGAUACGUCGACAACCCAAGACUACUGAGCAAAUCGAAGCCGAGGCCAAGGCAGCAUGGAUUGUUCGAUAUAGAAUUGUUGUUAAGGCUGUCGCUGGGACAUGGGAGAACGUCAAAGCCGAGGUUAAUCGACGUCGCCUAGAGGAAUGGGAAGCCGCCGAACAAAAGCGAGUUAAAGCUGCGUUGAAUGAAGCUGUUAGCAUGUCGGAGCUCAAGCUACAGGCUCGCCGAGCACAUUUCGAUUCCGAACUUCAAUCUGACGAAGAUGAAGGACUAGAAGGAUCAGAUGAAGAAGCUGAUGAAGAGGACAACGAGGUAGGUUCUGAUGAAGAGUUAUCUGAUGAAGCAUCAAGCGAGGACGAGGGCGAAGAUGAGGAUGAGGAUAAUAUGUCUUCUUCCGAUGAUGAUGACGAUGACGACGCAAAGUCAAACAGCUCCAAUGAAGGUCUCACGCAGGACCAAUUAAGACAGAAAUACGCGAAUAUCCCGGAUCUGGCACUAGAUGACCAAGGCGAGACUACGGACGAGUCCAUUGAUAUGGAUGAUGAUUUGGGAUCAAGUGAUGACGGGGAUAUGGAUAGCGGUGGUGAGAAUGGUGAAUCAGAGGAAGAAGAUGAAGAUUCGGACGCUGAUGAGGAGCCCUCCGGGUUAUUGGGUCUUUUCUUCGGCAAAUCCGAGCUUCAAAAGAUGAAACAGGAGGCAGCAGCAGCUGAACCGCCACCGCAGCAUGAUGUUGAAAUGGCAGAUGCGCCGGAAUCUGCACUUGUUAACGGAAGCGGUGCUUCAGGUGAUCUUACAUCUGAGAAGAACGCGAAGAAUGAUGCAGCAAUACAUAACGUAGAUGCACAAGAUACAGCGUCAAUGGCGUUAACGAACGGAAAGGAGCACGUUGGGGACUCUAUUCCUAAGGAUCAAGUGACAGCAAACUCGUCCGAUAUUGCGGCUACUACGGUUGCACCACCGGAAAACCCGUAUGAAGCUAACAAGCCUGAUGUUCUCGUCACAGUACCGGAACCGUUACAGGCACAAGAUAUCGAAAUGGAAAUCAUCGAAGCGGUUAAGGAAGUCAACGAUGAUAUCAACGAGAAGAAAUCGUCUUCGAUAGCGGAACCAAAAGUAAAUGCGAUACCAAGCGUCGAAAUUAUAAAUGCGUCGCCAGAUCAGCCACAAGUACAAGCGACUUCGGAUACGGAUGCAAUCACAAACCCUCCCAGUCGUGAUCGGAGUCAAUCACCUCGGACAUCUGACACCAAACCUUCGGAAGUUGACACGCCAUCUUCUGUCGUCAAGUCAGGUGCAAGCAGAUCAAGUUCGCCCCAGUACCAAGUACCGAGGACGGAUGUUCCAUUUUUGCUUCGGGGAACGUUACGUGAAUACCAACAUUUUGGAUUGGAUUGGCUUGCUGGCCUUUACAGAAAUCAAACUAAUGGUAUUCUUGCGGAUGAGAUGGGUCUUGGAAAGACCAUCCAAACAAUCGCUCUCUUAGCCCAUCUAGCUUGUCAUCAUGAAGUAUGGGGUCCUCAUCUGGUUAUUGUCCCGACUAGUGUCAUGCUGAACUGGGAAAUGGAAUUCAAGAAGUGGUGUCCUGGAUUUAAAGUCUUGUCCUAUUAUGGUAGUAUUGAUGAACGUAAACGAAAACGCCAAGGGUGGAAGACUGAUGACAUGUGGAAUGUGUGCAUUACAUCCUACCAAAUCGUUCUGCAGGAUCAGCAAGUCUUCAAGCGUAGACAGUGGCAUUAUAUGAUCCUUGAUGAGGCUCACAACAUCAAGAACUUCAAGUCCAAGCGCUGGCAAACGCUGCUCACAUUCAAUACUCGAGCACGGCUCUUACUUACAGGCACGCCAUUACAGAACAAUCUGACCGAGUUGUGGUCGCUGCUGUUCUUCUUGAUGCCGUCCGAGAACGGGGUCGGUGGAUUUGCAGAUUUAGCAGAGUUCCAGGAUUGGUUUCAUAAACCAGAAUCUCAAAUCUUGGAGAGUGGCCGAGAGCAGAUGGACGAUGAGGCUCGUGCAAUCAUUGCCAAACUGCAUAAGGUGCUCAGACCUUAUCUCCUGCGGCGACUGAAAGCAGAUGUCGAAAAACAAAUGCCAGCCAAAUAUGAGCAUGUCGAAUUUUGUCGGUUAUCGCGCAGACAGCGUGAAUUAUACGAUGGAUUUCUAGCCCGUACGGACACCAGAGAAGCUCUGUCUUCGGGCAAUUACAUCUCGGUUAUCAACUGCCUCAUGCAACUACGUAAAGUUUGCAACCAUCCAGACCUCUUUGUCGAGAGACCGAUCAUGACAUCCUUCCGGCAACGUAGGUCAGUGCUAGCCGAUUAUGAGUCGACUGAAAGCCUCAUUCGAGGGAAGCUGCUCCAAGAUAAGCCAAUGACUAUCGUCAGCAAGAGUUUUCUCAACCUCAUUCCAACCCAGUACGAGGACUUAUCAAGGUCGGUAUGUGACCGCGUUUAUCAACUUAGUGCCCACCGUCCAUUAAUGGACCUUCGCGAAGCUCAGAAAGCCCGAUCCCAAGCUGCUUAUACAAAUCUGGAUCCUGCUACUGUAGAGUCCAAUAUUGUAUAUCUAGAAAGCGCGGCGCGAUGGGGUCGUUUUGAAGAAUUGCAACAUUGCGUCUAUCUAAACGCACUCAGGCGACAGCAGCGUCCAAUAUACGGCAAACAACUUACAGAUUUCUUGACUCUUGGUAUCAGUGCGCGACCGCACAAGCCUCGUCCAAAGGUUCCACAGAAGAUCAUGAGCUGGUUCGAAGAAGAUUCAGUUGUUUUAAAAUCAAUCGUGCCAACGCUCGAUCAGCGUGCGGCGUCCAUGAAGACUAUUAUCUCUAAGUUUGCCUGUGUCACACCGGCAGUUGUCACUCGGGAUGUUGACCGAUUUAUACUCGGCUCUAAUGGUGUAGAAGCGUUCAACGAGACGAAUCUAAAAUUAUCAGCUCCGGUACGGCAUUCGCCGUUCAUGCAGAAAGAGGCACCGCUCGAUCCAUGGCACGAAGCUCGUAUGAGGCUCAGUAUUCAAUUCCCUGACAAAAGACUGCUACAAUACGACUGCGGAAAAUUGCAGGCACUUGACCGUCUGUUACGCAAGUUGCAAUCUGGCGGCCACCGUGCCCUGAUCUUUACACAGAUGACGAAGGUCCUUGAUAUUCUCGAACAGUUCCUAAACAUUCACGGGCACAAAUAUCUACGGCUCGAUGGUGCUACGAAAGUAGAACAACGACAAAUAUUAACAGAUCGCUUCAACCAUGACACACGGAUUCUCUGUUUUAUAUUAUCUACACGAUCAGGUGGUCUUGGAAUCAACUUGACUGGAGCUGACACUGUUAUCUUCUAUGAUCAAGACUGGAACCCUGCGAUGGACAAGCAAUGCCAAGAUCGAUGUCAUCGUAUCGGCCAGACAAGAGAUGUACACAUCUACCGUCUGGUAAGCGAGCAUACUAUUGAGGCGAAUAUUCUUCGCAAGGCGAGUCAAAAGCAGAUGUUGGACGAUGUCGUGAUUCAGGAGGGCGGUUUUACUACCGACUACUUCAAUAAGCUUUCGGUGCGUGACGUUAUUGGCGGCACCCCAGAUGAGACUGAUGUAGUCGGCGACGCAAUGGACCGGGUUCUCGGCGGUGUGGAAAGCAGUGAUCAACGCACAGUGGGACGAGUUCUCGAACAAGCCGAAGACCGUGAAGAUGUAAACGCUGCUCAUGUCGCGGAGAAAGAGAUACAAGAAGAUGAAGCAGAUUUUGCUGAGAAGCCGGCAACUGGGAGUGCAUCCGGAUCUUCAAGUACUAGGCUGGGUACUCCCAUAACCCGGGAUGGAUCUCUUGCGCCGGGCAUUGCAAGGUCAAAUCUCGGAUUGUACUCCGAAUCGGCAAAUGUGGAUAACCCAUCCGAAGAGAUCGAGAAUAACGCGUGGGGAGAGGCGAUUCACAGCAUCGACGAGUAUAUGCUGGCUACAAUGGGCAAGCAGCUCGAGGGUACAGUAUUAGAGCUCCCCAAGGAUAAGAAAAAGAGCAAAAGUAAAAAGGGCAAGGAUACCCGCAAGCGUUGAUGUCAGCCACCCAUACGAGUUACAUCCUGUUCCUUGCAGCUCUAAGGCCUGUUAGGGAGAGCAACUCAAACAAUCAAGCUGCAUAUUACGGAGUUUGAUGUCGUCUAUAGCAGACCAAUGUGUGCAACACGCAAACGUUCGUUGUAAAGACAAAACAAAAAUGUGAGCGAUAAACACUGGGAAUAAGCAUGGAGAUAGGUUUAUACAUUGCAUAUAUUGGUGUUUUUUGCACGACAGCGGCAAGGGAAAAGCGGCGUAUUGAAAGGACUUCACAUCACAUUGGUAUGAUAGGCUUAGUGCGUGUUGGAGUUGGGGAUGUCACGAAAAAAAGAGCAAUUAGAGACCUGUAUCUGUAUAAGCCGGGAGUACUAGUAGAUAAUAAUGUGACGAAAAGACGAGAGAUGACCGCACACAGCGGACUUCACCACUUUAUAAAACAAAAAAAAUCAAUAGUAACCUUCAAUACAGUUUAUGUGAGGAGCUAUAUAAGAGGUGAG